AUGGCUUCACCCACUAUUAUCCAGCUGCCCUUCUCUACCUUCAUCAGCUUCAGCUCCACCCGGUCGCAAAAGUCUUUCCGACAUGAUGCUGCUACCACGAAAGCGAAGAAAACCUCUGCCGGUGUCACAAUGGCUUCGGCUGCAAUUGCCGGGGCUGUGGAGUCUGCUGUAACCUAUCCGUUCGAAUUCGCCAAAACCCGCGUGCAAUUACACACUGCUCCAACCAGCCGCAAAAACCCAUUCUCAGUCAUUGCGAGCGUCGCGAGAAACGAAGGCUUUAGCGCUCUCUACACUGGUUCAUCUUGUAUGGUCCUUGGGACUGCAUUCAAAACCAGCGUUCGCAUCCUAACCUUCUAUCGUCUUCGCAAUUAUCUCUCUGACGAGAAGGGUACUUUGUCACCAGCACGGGGCAUACUAGCCGGAGUCCUAGCUGGGACAGCGGAGAGCAUCAUCGCUGUCACACCGACCGAACGUAUGAAAACGUUACUCAUCGAGGAUGCGAGAAAUUCGAAGAAGCUGUACCGGUCGGAAUUUCAGGCCUUCAAGUUUCUACUCCGAACGCACGGUCUUUCAAGUCUUUAUCAUGGCAUGGUCUCCACGACUCUCAAACAAGCUUCAACAUCUGGCAUCAAAAUGGGAUUCUAUAACGUAGAGAAGGAGAUAGCUCGCCGAAGCGGCUUGCAACAGAGUAGUCCUCUGACCUUUGCGAUGGGGGCCUUGGCAGGUACUGUUACAGUGUACCUGACGCAGCCUUUUGAUACAAUCAAGACAAGGGCGCAGAGUGCGAGUGGCAGUGAUAUGCGAGAAGCAUGUCGGAGAAUCUUGUCUGAGCAUGGCGUGCGAGAAUUUUGGAGCGGAAGCACGUCGCGUUUAGGCAGACUGGUAGUCAGUACAGGGAUAGUCUACACAGUGUUUGAGAAGACGUCCAGUCUACUGACGAUGGGUCUGAAUCAAAAUAAAAACGAAUCAAACUAA